AAAGCAAACAGAAAGAGAGAGAGAGAGAGAAAGCAACAAGGAAUCUUUUAGAUAAGGUGAAAGGAGGAGGAAAAGUAUCCGACAGCUGCAGAGAGGGAGGAGGCUAAAACAAAACAGAGCUGUAUAGAGGUGAAGGAUAGAGCGAGACAGAGUUGAAAGCGAUGUGAAAGGAGGAGAGAAGGCUGCUGUUGAGUGAACAUCCAGAGUUGUGAAUAUAUGCAGUAAAACAGAGAGCUGGCUGAACAGAAGCGAGGGAUUUAUGAAGUGAAGUGAUCUGAAGUGGAGAUGAGUCUAACAGUGAUUCUGGCGGCUGUAGUGGGCUUCGGGGCUUUGUCUUCCUGUAACUCUGGCGAGAACACCACAGGACCGGCCAUCACAACAGCCGAUCUGUCUCAGGUGAGAGUGUUCAAUGAGGAGAUGGUCAGAGGACGAGGGGACACUCCUGACAUCAUAGAACCUGAACCCACCACUGCAGUCUCUGAAAUGGAGAGCACUUACAACUACAUCCUGUCUAGACUGGCAGCGAUGGAUCAGGCUAUCCACAGGCUCAAUGUGGGACACUACACAUUGGACAUUAAAGUUACACAGCUGUUGGAAAGAAUGUCACGACUUGAGAAUAGAUUAGGCGACACUGAGGAUGCCAUUCAAGAAGUCUCGUCCUACUGCAAGCACAAUCGCAAAGAGAUCGGACGACUAGAGGGCUGCCAGAAAGGCUGUAAAAUGGGUUACAAAUGCUUCCUGGCAUACCGUGUGUAUGAGACCUACACAGAUGCAUCUCAUAAGUGUCAGGAGCGGGGAGGACGCAUGGCUAUGCCACGAGAUCGCAAGGAGCAGGAAGCUUUGGCUGAAUAUGUGAAAUCAGUAUUCCACGGAAACUGGCCUGUGUGGCUUGGGAUCAAUGACGAGCGCUCUGAGGGCCUCUACCUAUUUGAGGACACAACACGUGUCACUUACUUUCAGUGGAGGAAGCACUUCCUGUCAAGCCAGCCAGAUGGUGGGAAGCGAGAGAACUGUGUAGCCAUGUCUUCAGAUGACGGAGACUGGUGGGACACCUAUUGUGAAAGACGCAUGUAUUAUCUGUGCGAGUUUGAUGCUUGAUGCUUUCCUACAUGGCUUUUAAUUAAGAUUUUUUGUUUUUAUAUCAAGAGCAGCUAAUAACUGUUUUAUAAACAGUUGUUGCACAGGUAAAAUUAGGGCCAGUAAAUUUAAUGGUACCAUGAAAUGGUUUUAUACAUGCAAUUUUCUACGUUUUUCCUAUUGAAACAGGAAGUUGGAGCAGGACUCUAUAAACGAUUAGUUCACUUCCAGAAUAAAAAAUAGGGAUAAUUUACUCACCCCCAUGUCAUCCAAGAUCUUUCUUCAGUUGAAAAUAAAUUAAGGUUUUGAGGAAAACAUGCCAGGAUUUUUCUCCAUAUAGUGCACUUCAACGGGGACCGACGGGUUAAAGGUCCAAACUGUAGUUUCAGUGCAGCUUCGAAGGACUCUACAUCAGUGGUUCUCAAACUGGGGUACAUGAGUUGACGGAGGGGGGUACGCAAACAAAAUUCUGAGUUUUGGGAUUCUACCCCAACUUAAAGUAACAUUAAAACGGAACGUGUAUUUCUGACAAGCAAAAUGCUGCUUCUAAUGUGAAAACAGGAAAAUGGGAGUGCCGUAAAUGGUCAAAUACAGACAUCCAAUCAGCUUACUCAUCUUCUGUAGUCAAAAACGACUGCAUCCACACAAGCAGCGUGCAUGCGAUAGGAUGGCCGCUGAAUACGCUGCUUUAGCAAAU